UUGUGUCCAUGUAGACAAAAGAAAUUUUCAUAAGCUUUACAUAAAGAAUGACACAAAACUGAGCUCUUCCAGAGACAAGAGAAGCCUUUUGUUAAAGAAAAACAGAGGUCGUGUGUAGAGGUAGUGUUUCCUCUUUGUGCUUUCUACAUCAACACGCAGUUCACAGAGCAGCAUGGUGAUGGAGAGGAUCCUGCUGGGUGUCCUGUAUCUCUCAGGUCGGUGAAUUCUUUCAAAAUGUCUAACAGUGUUUAUUAUUGUGGGGGGAAAAAUAGUUUGAGCCGCCUCACGUUUAAUAAAUUGGUGUCGUCCUUAGGGUGCCACAUCUUCUCUGCACGCCUUCUGCAUCAGUACCACUUCGUUGAUGAGCCCAUGAAUUGGACUGAAGCGCAGACCUACUGCAGAAAGAAACACACAGACCUGGCCACCAUUGAAAACGGAGAAGAAGUGAUGCAGUUUAGGAACACAUUUUUACCUUUUGAAUACAACUCUAAGGUCUGGAUUGGCCUGUACAGUAAACUCAACUGGGAGUGGUCAGAUGGCUACGAAGGGCCUGGUGCUGAUUACAAGAAGUGGAAAGUCAAUGAACCAAAUUUUUACAUUGACAACGAGUUAUGUGUGGCCUCUGGAGGCAAUAAUGACCCAUGGCAUGAUGAUCCUUGCUCAAAGAAUCAUCGAAUCAUCUGCAAUAAUGGAGCAAAGCUGGAUCCUAAAUUUAUCAUUGUGAAGGAAGGAAUGAAUUGGCCUAAUGCUCAGAAGUACUGCAGGGAGAACUUCGUAGACCUGGCCACUUUGAGGAAUGACAAUGAAAGCUUGGAGAUCCAGACAAUGGUUGAAAAUGGAUGGGCAUGGAUUGGUUUGUUCAGAGAUCCUCACAUUUACUGGUCUGAUGGGAGCAGCUUCUCAUUCAAAUACUGGUUCACAGGUCCAAAGCCACUUAACUCCUUGAGUCUGGUAUGUGGUGUUGCAGAUUUGCAGGCUUCAGGAAAAUGGACAUUGUUUCCCUGUGACAGGAAAUUACCAUUCGUCUGCUACAGCACUCGUGUCAUAAGACAGGUAGUAAAGCUGAGGAUGAAGCCAGGAGACUCCUCUGUGGAUCUGAAUGACCCUGCUGUGAAAGAAGACCUCCUGAAAAAGUUCCAGGACAGACUGAAGACGAGAGGAGUGAAGGGAGUUACCCUGAAGUGGAUAAAGCAGUCUGAUGGGAAAGUCUUUCACAAGGAUGGAAAAAGCUCUCAGAAGAAAAAAAGAAACAAGUCUGAGCUGUAA